CCACCAGAUAAUGGGCCUCCACCAUUACCAACAUCUUCCCUUCCUGAAGGCUACUAUGAAGAGGCAGUGCCACUUAGUCCUGGGAAGGCUCCAGAGUACAUCACUUCCAAUUAUGACUCAGAUGCUAUGAGCAGCUCUUAUGAAUCCUAUGACGAAGAGGAGGAGGAUGGAAAGGGGAAGAAAAUGAGACAUCAAUGGCCAUCUGAGGAGGCCUCUAUGGAUCUGGUGAAGGAUGCAAAAAUUUGUGCUUUCCUCCUUAGAAAGAAACGAUUUGGACAAUGGACCAAACUACUGUGUGUUAUCAAAGAAAACAAACUACUGUGUUACAAAAGUUCCAAGGACCAGCAACCCCAGAUGGAGCUGCUCCUGAAUGACUGCAGCAUCACGUACAUUCCCAAAGACAGCAAAAAGAAGAAGCAUGAGCUGAAAAUCUCGCACCAAGGAGCGGAUGCCCUGGUUCUGGCAGUGCAGAGCAAAGAGCAGGCGGAACAGUGGCUAAAGGUUAUAAAGGAUGUGUGCAGCAACUGCACGGGAGCUGUAGACUCUGAUGGGCCAUUGUCUAGUUCUCCAGUUCACAAGACGGAGCUGGAAAAGAAGUUGUCCUCUGAGAGGCCAAGCUCAGAUGGCGAGGGUGCUGUAGAAAAUGGCAUCGCUACUGUGUGCAAUGGGAAAGAACAAGUGAAGAGGAAAAAAAGUUCAAAAUCAGAAACCAAGGGCACUGUGACUAAAGUAACAGGGAAAAAAAUAACGAAGAUCAUUGGUUUAGGAAAGAAGAAGCCAUCAACAGAUGAACAGACCUCAUCAGCUGAAGAAGAUGUUCCAACAUGUGGAUAUCUGAACGUGCUUUCAAAUAACCGUUGGCGUGAGCGCUGGUGCAGAGUGAAAGAUAAUAAACUCAUUUUUCACAAGGACAGGACAGAUCUAAAGACACAUAUCGUUUCUAUCCCUCUCCGUGGUUGCGAAGUCAUCCUGGGACUGGACUCAAAGCAUCCCCUGACCUUCCGUCUGCUCCGAAAUGGACAGGAGGUCGCUGUGCUCGAGGCAUCUUCCUCCGAAGACAUGGGCAGAUGGAUAGGAAUUCUGCUGGCAGAAACAGGUUCUUCGACAGACCCCGGAGCUCUGCACUACGACUACAUCGAUGUGGAAAUGACGGCAAGCGUCAUCCAGGCUGCAAAACAGACCUUCUGCUUCAUGAACAGGCGAGUUGUAUCUACAAAUCCGUAUCGGGGAAGCACUGCCAAUGGCUACGCCUGUCCGAGCGGAAUGGCACUUCAUUACGAUGAUGUUCCCUGCAUAAAUGGAUCGUGGGAACCAGAAGAUGGCUUUCCUUGUUCUCGUAGCAGGAACACUGGAGAAGAAAUGCUUUAUGAUAACGCAGGCCUGUACGAUAACUUGCCGUCUCCAAAAAUCUUUGCGCGCUAUCCGCCAGCUGACAGAAAACCCAAUAGGUUAUCUACUGACAAACUCUGCUCUAAUCAUUACAAAUACCCUGUCUCAUCCAAUCUGUCUUCUGCUCAGUCUGUCACUAAUACCUCUGCUGUGGGGAGGGGAUCUGGCUCGCAGUUUAAAGGCAAGAAGCCUCCUGUGACUGCUAAUGGGAUCACUGGAAAAGGGAGAACUUUAAAUAACCAGCCGAAGAAAUCCGAAUCAGUGUCAUGUGUGAAGCGCACCGCGUCCAAUGCGGAGCAGUACAAAUAUGGCAAGAAUCGUGUGGAGGCAGAUGCAAAGAGAUUACAAAGCAAAGAGGAGGAGCUGCUAAAGAGGAAAGAAGCACUUCGGAAUAGACUGGCCCAGCUCCGAAAAGAAAGAAAAGAUCUACGUGCUGCUAUUGAAGUCAAUGCUGGCAGGAAGACCCAAGUGAUUCUUGAAGACAAGUUAAAGAAGUUGGAAGAGGAGUGUAAGCAGAAGGAGGCUGAGCGUGUAAACCUGGAGCUAGAACUGACAGAGGUGAAGGAGAGCCUUAAGAAAGCCUUGGCUGGUGGCAUCACACUGGGUUUGGCUAUUGAGCCCAAAUCAGGAACAUCAAGCCCGCAGUCUCCGAUUUUCAAGCAUCGAACUUUGGAAAACUCUCCAAUCUCUAGUUGUGAUACCAGUGACACCGAAUGCUCAAUACCUGUGAACAGUGCAGCAGCUCUGAAGCGACCUCCCUCAUCAAAUAAUUCACCAUGUCGAGGCCAUGUGCUUCGAAAAGCAAAGGAAUGGGAGAUGAAGAAUGGAACAUAAAUAUAGCAAAACCACUCACUUUCCAUAAAGGCCUUACUUAUUACGGAUUAAGACAUAGGCUGCAAAAGACUCAUCUGAAAGGUGGUAUCAAGCGAUACAACAUAAGAGGUUUUAUAAUUCUGUUAACUUAAUGGUAGCUUGGCGCUAAUUUGUCUGUAUUCCCUCUUCUGUAUUGCUGUGUAACUUCAUGUGCCCCUUUUUGUUAGCUGUAACUCUUUAUUUCCGACUUCACUGGUAAAGAAUAUGAACAUCGAAAAAAACCCAAACCAACUGUAGUAAUUAAAAAGGAGCAUAAAGCCGCAGCUGAAAUUAUACUUUGCUGAAGCAGCGUAGACCAGCAGUGUUAAUUAUAUCGCAUCAGACAGCCUGAACACCACUGGAGACUGAUGCGUUAAGACCGAUGUGAAAUCAUAACUCUUAAAGACUGACUUUCAUGGUCUUCCACGGAGGUGGCUGAGCAAAGU